AUGCUGCUGAAGAGACAAAGAGUGACGCAGCAGGCAUCGCUACCAGUUGCGCCACCCCCUCCACAGCCUGUUUUUCUCGUGGAAGACGAUCUCGAAGAAGAAAGACGAGCAAAGGUGCAGCGAACUGACGACGACCUCUCUCCGUUGCUGUCUGGAUUGGAAGAUGGAACACCUGAACCUGGCUAUGUGCCUCCAAUGUUGAGCUACACGAGUCUGGUCAAAAGGGCACUUUGCCCAGCGGGUUCCCCAAGAGACAAAAGCCUGACAAAGGAUUCGCCGCAAGACAAGACGUCUUCAGAACCAGUCCAAGCCACAAGCGCUUCUACAAAGUCAGAAGGAGAGGUGAAGCAGUCAGUCCAUGCACAGCAAUCAAGCCCGGCGAAGUCAGCGCCAGCACAGUCAACACCGGUGCAGUCGGUACAACCAGCGCAGUCUGCUCAGCCCGCAGUGCAACCUAUGAGGUUUGGGAAAGGCACUGGUAGAAUGAGCGAGCUGCUUUGUUUGGUGGAUCCCGCAGCAUCAGACGCAAGCCGUGCGGCAGAUGGGCCGACCUGGCGUGCGAAAGCGCGUGCGAGCUUACUGUCGCUGGAUUUGCAUGACUUUAAGUCUUUCAAGAGGCGACAAUUUCAGCUCGAAGGGCGAUCACUUUCUUGUGUGGUUGGUUGCAACUCAAGUGGCAAAUCAGCCGUUCUGGAUGCAUUGCGCUUUGCUUUGGGCCGUCAGUGUGAUCGGAAUCUGCGAGACUACAUUCGCCGGGGCAAGCCAAUGACAUCGAACGCACGUGUUACACUGCAAUUCCGCUACGAACAAGAAGCUGAAGAAGGCAGCCUUCAAGGCACAGUGCUGCUUGUCCGUGAAGUGCGAGUCCAUCCGGAUAGAUCCAAUAAGGAUUCGUAUAUUCUUUCUCAUUGGGUCCAGGAAGAAGGUCAAGAACUGAAAGAAGUAUCGCAGGAAGGCUAUGUUGAAUGGCUGAAAGCACUUCAGUGGAUGGGUGGUGACCUUCUUCUACCCCAAUUUGGUCUCAUUGAUGGGCGAAGUGCCUCUGGGCUUUUGGCAAUGCUCCCUGAGGAGAUCGAGAAAGUUGGCUCAGAAGGAACCGCUUCUGGAUCACUGCUGAAGCGGCGGUGCACUACAAAGGGUGCAGCCAGGGCUUACAGCUCAGCAAGCGCGAGAUCUCGAACUGAAGCGGCUGAAGCAUGGCUCACGCGAAGAAUCGAUGAAGUGUACCGGGAGCUCACAAGAGAGCCCUUGGACGACACCAUGGAGGAGUGGGGAGAGGGCGGCGAAGCAAAGUUGCGACGCUUGCCUGAUGGCUCCUUCGAUCUACUCACAUCAGCCAAGCGUGGAGGAGCCAGCUCUGGCUACGGGACUUCCCUGAAUAGUUUGUCCGAUGGAGCAAGGGACGUUUGUGCGCUGAGCAUGUUGUUUGUUCUUCCUGGGUUCAUCAGUGGCAUGCAAGACGCCUCUUUGCCAUUCAUCGUGCUGGACGAACCAGAUUCGCGACUCGAUAAGCGCCACGCAAGUGCCCUGCGACGAUAUCUACAAAAACCAGAUGGUCCAAAGCAGUGCUUGUGGCUAAGCCUGAACAACCAUCAAGCCUUUCAAGGUGACAUCAUGCUUGAUGAAACCGAGGCACGGGUGAAGUUUUGA